AUGGCGAGCGUCGCGGCGGCGCGCGGCGUCGUUCGCGGCGACGGCCUCGCGCGCGGACGCGCGAGGCGCCGCCUCCUCCUUCGUCACGGCGGACGUCGUUCGACGACGUCGUCCUCCUCCUCCUCCUCCUCCUCUUCCGCCGCCGUCGACGCCGACGCCGACGCCGACGCCGCGGUGCGCGAGCUCCUCGCGUGGGCCACCUCCGACGCGCUGACGCUGUCGCCGAAAGUCACGGUGGGCGUCUCCCCCACCACGAACGCGCGCGGGCUCAUCGCGACCGAGCGAAUGCGCGAGGGCGAAGACGUGCUGAUCCUCCCGGCGUCGUCCACCGCCUUCGACGCCGCGUACGCGCGCGACGAUCGCGACCUCGGGCUCAAAGACGCGAUCGACGCGUACGAGCGCGACCCGAACCGCGGCGGCGACGUCACCCCGGAGGUGGCGCUCGCGCUGCUCGUCGCGCUGACGCGACGGCACCCGGAGAAGACGCCCUUCGGGUCGUACGUCGGGGCGCUCCCGACGACGCCGGGGGGCGACUCGCCGUUGUCGUUCACCGACGCGACGACGAGCGCGCUGCUGGAGAUAUUGCCGCUGUCGCUCGUGGACGCGAUCGACCGCGCGCGAUCGGAUCUGUACCAGCUCUGGGACGUCGCCGCGGCGGUGAUGGACCUGGUCGUCGUGCCGGGCGCCGAUCCGUUGUUAACUUCUUCUUCUUCUUCUUCUUCUUCUUCUUCUUCUUCUUCUUCUUCUUCGGUCUCCGCGUCAACCGCGACGCCCACCGAGUCGGAGCUCACCGUCGACGAGUUCUUCGCCGCGUGGAUGGCGAUACGCUCGAGAGCGAUCACGUUCCGCGUGCUGCGCGGCGAUGACGGCGUCGUGGACGCGCGCCGGUGCAUGGUCCCCGUCGUCGACUUCAUGAACCACGCCUGCGCGCCCCCUCCCGGCGGCGUCGGCGUCGGCGACGGCGUCCACGCCGGUCCCGUCGUGACGAUGAGGCGCGUCCCUGUUUACACUAGUCCCCGUACGACCGCGUCGGCGCGAACGACGACGACCGCCGGCGGCGGCGCGUCGAGCGUCGCGUGGACGACGACGCGCGCGGUCGAACCCGGAGAGGAAGUCACGUGGGGCUACGGCGACCUGUCGAACGAGGAGCUGUGGCUGUGGUACGGUUUCGUGCCGGAUCCCCCCGCGCACGCGGGCUCGGCGGUUACGUUUUCGCUGCCCGAGGCGGCGCUCAGGGCGGGGCUCGCGUCCGUCGCGAGCGGGGACAGCGAAGAGGAAGCCGCGGCGAGGGAGUCGCUCCUCGUCAAGGCGGGCGCGUUUAGCGUCGAAGAAGGAGAAGAAGGAGAAGAAGAAGGCGGCGCCUCCGCGAGGGCGUUGCAGUUCGAGCUCAAGCUCGGGACGCCGCCGGCGGUCCUCGCCGGCAUCUCCGGCGUGAUGUGCUGCGCCGGCGACGAGGCGAUGGCGAUGGCGAAAACCUUCGCGCCGCCGCCGCCCGCGGAGGACGACGCGAGAGACGCGGGAGCCGACGAUUGGACGGGAGAGAUAUUCGCGAGGGUGACGCCGCAGUCCGCGUCGUCGUCGUCGUCGUCGCCGCCGCCGCCGAAAUCGAUACGAGUACAGCUGUGCGACGAGAGCAAACGCCGCGCGGGGAAAUAUCUCGAGUACGUCCUUGGGCAAGUCGAGCCGAUCGUGUGCGGCGGUCUCAGCGACGAGGACGCGCGAGCGAUGGACGUCCCGGAGGAGGUGGACGCGGCGACGUGGGCGGCGGCGAUUCGCGUGCGCGCCGGCGCCGUCGCGGUGUUUCGCUCCGUCGACGCGUUCACGUCGGAAACGGCAGACAAGGCGUGGAUCGAACGCGCGGUGUACGACCUCAUUAAAUAGGCCCUAGCUAGUAGACUACUGUAGUCGUAUCACAUGCCGUAGACGCGCGCGGACGUGCUGUACUUCCGGACGCGUCGCAGACGAAAAAAAAGGCGCGGCGCGUCGUCGUCAGAUGAAGAGCCCCUCGAUCGCUGCCGUCAACGAAGCAGCCCGCGCUCGGCGCGCUUGGCGCAUCAUUGCGUAGUCCGACGGAGCUGAUAGACUUGUAAUACUGAAUCAGAUGAACCCCUGGCGGCCUCCGUCGUUCGUCCUCCCGACGGCGUCGAACACGUCGGGCCCGCGAGGCGGCAUCCGCGCGGGUUCGAUCACCGUGUUCGAGUCCAACCACUCCUCGCUCCCGACGCUCUCGUCGUCGCUCGGCUCCGGGGUCGGCUCCGGGGUCGGCUCCGGGGUUUGCUCCCUCUCGACGAUCGGCGCGUCCACGUCGUUCGGCUGCCACUCCCCGCGGUUCCUCGCCGGGGACCCGCCGAGCGCCUCCCCCGCGGCGAUGUGCCCCAGGCGUUUCAAUUCCUUCUCUAACCGUCGUCUCCGCGCGGCCACCUCCGCGCGCAUCUUCAUCAUCGCGCUCCUCUGUUCGAUCUGACCGGGCUCCGGGUCGCCGUCGACCGCGGUCAGCGGGUCGUACGUCGGCGGCGGCGGCGGCGGCGCGAACGGAAUCGCGGCGGCGAC